CACACACACUGCUCAGUGGUGCGUAGCGACACGGACGCCCGAGACGGGCGUCCGUGGUGUUUGUACUACGGAUGCGCGAUUAAUGGGCGCGCAUGUCUCUCAGCCCGGCGGAUCUGCGGCGAUACUGCGUACAGAGUUUUGGUGGGGAUCCCGAUGUGCAAACUCCGUAAUGAGAGCGGUGCGGGAUUUCUGGUGACACAAUGAGAUUUUACUUAUAGCGGUGAUCUUAUAGGGAUAUCCGGUGAGAUUCGGAUUUUUCUUUCCUUCUCAUAUACCAGGUGUUCCUCCCAAUCCCGGUUACCGUGUGCGAAGGUUUGAGAAAAUGGCACUUCUACUAUCAUUCAGCCCUGCGGUACUGGGCAUCGCUGUAGUAGCAGUUCUCUUGAUAUUUCUGCUCUUUCGAAAACCAAAACUCCCUCCGGGGGUCAAGAGACUUCCCGGGCCCAAAGGAAUUCCAAUUCUCGGCUCCGUCCCCGAUCUCCCCGCAAAACACUCAUGGCUUCAAUUUUACGCCUGGACCAAGCAAUACGGACCGAUAUGCCAAGUGCAGCUGGGGCCCGACACCUGCGUCUUGGUCGCAUCUCCUAAGGUUGCCGAGGACUUGCUGGUCAAACGCGCGGCGAAAUAUUCUGGAAGAGUACACUUUCCUGCCAUUUGGGGUGACUGUGCGACUGAUGGGCAUUAUCUGCCUCUGAUGACAAACUGCGCGGAUCAGAAGCGCAUAAAGAAUUUUACGAGGAAACUCACGUCUAGCCUGCCGAGAGCGCACUUGAGCAAAGUGGCCUCCGAACAAACCAAAAUUUUCGUCCUGAAACUCCUCGAGGAUCCGUUGAAUUUCGGAACUCUGCUGGAGAGGUGUUGUGGAGGGAUAUCGUCGACGAUAGCAUGGGAUCGCACAAGCCCCGAGGUGGCAAAAGCGACGGUGUCGACGUCGCUCGGGUUGCUAGAAGUUAUCUCGCCGGAAGCAAUCCAGAACAAACUCCCAUUUCUUGAAAAGAUUCCUUUGUGGGUACCGGAUUUCCUACAACCGUGGCGUGUUAAGGAGAUAGGAAGAGUGACUCGCGAGCGCGAUUUCUGGUUUGGACAGCGAGCGCAAGCGAGGGCGCGCAUUGAGGAGGAGAAAGGGGAGUACUCGUGGACAAGGGAGUCGUUGAAGGAUGGCACACUAGAGGAGGAGGAGAAGGCGUAUACGGUGGGCAUGAUGACCCUUAUUGCGAGCGUGCUGGAAUCUUCGCCGAUUCAGGGGUUGGUGGUCGCGUUGUGUAUGUUUCCAGAGUGGCAGAAGAGGGGGCAGGAGGAGGUGGAUUUGGUUUGUGGGGACAGGAUGCCAAUGGCGGAAGAUAUUCAGAAGUUGCCUGUCGUGAGGGCUUUGAUUAGGGAGAUUUUUAGAUGGAGAAGUCCAGUGCCGUUUGGUGUCCCUCAUAUGCUUACAGAGGAUGAUAUUUAUGAGGGCUAUCAUAUCGCGAAAGGAAGUGUGGUGUUUGCUCUCGAGUGCGCAAUGUCACGAGACGAAGCUUUAUAUCCCGACGCAGAGAACUUUAGGCCUGAGCGCUGGCUGGACCCGCUGUACCCGACAUACAAAGAACCACUAACCCACCAUCCACAACUCAAGAACAACUCAUCCUUUGGGUGGGGAAAACGACAAUGCCUUGGGCUGGACUACAGCGAAAUAGUGCACGUGACCAUCGUUGCUACGAUGCUGUGGAGCUGUAACAUCCAGAAGAAGGUUGAUGAGAAAACAGGAUUGGAGAUUGAAUUGCCAUGGAUGGAUUAUAGUCCUUUUGUGAUUGUGAAGCCGAAUCCCACACCGUUAGACAUAAAACCCCGGGAUGAGAGGAGGAUCAAGUUGUUGUCUUCUGUUUAGCGGAAUAGCCUGCGCAUUCUUUUUAGACCGCUUGAAUAAUUUUAAUACACUGCAAUUGAAUAUGGUGUGAUUCGUUAUUUCAAGCCACCGUACCAUUCUUGCCUGUGUGAUCGGUCGGGUCAGUCGCA